CUUCAAGCACUACACCAAGAAGCAGUGGGGCAAGUACCCGGCCGAGCUCGACGCGUCGGUGUUGAUGUGGCUGCCGUGCCGCACGACCACCGACGACCGCUACUUUGGGGACCAGUGGCAGGCGCUGCCUCUGCGCGGCUACACGCGCAUCUUCGAAAACAUGCUGCUGCACGACCCAAACAUCACGCUGCGGGUGGGCGUCGACUACUUCAAGGAGAGGGCGGCGGGCACGCUGCCCGAAUAUGGCAUGCUCGUGGACACGGGCAUGCUUGUGUACACGGGCCCGAUCGACGCAUACUUCGGGGGGCAGGUCAUCUCCCUCGCCGACGAUCCCGUUUUCCGCGUGCGCAAGGUUGCCGCGCUGAAGCUCGGUGGGCUGACCGCCGCGGUUGGGGCGGAGCUCGCGCAGGCGCGGCUGCUGUCC